AUGCCAUUAAAUGACAUCUACGACACGACACAAUCAACCUCAACAACAAUACCCAAUAAUAAUGCCUCAUCAUCAUCAAUACAGACUCCAACAUCACCCAAUAAUAAUAAUAAUAUCGGAUUAAGAACAUCAACAAGAUCAGAGCCUCAAUCAUGGGGAGAAUUAUUAAACAUGUAUAGAAGUGAUAAGGUCAUUCCUCAUCCAAAAAUUGAAAAGCCUGAACCAGUUUAUCGUCAAACAAGAGAUAAAAGUUUAAAAUGGAGAGAAGAACAAAGACAAAUUAAUCCAGUUCUACAACAAUUUAUUGAUACUAAAAAAGAGGAAGAAUUUAAAAAAUUGGAACAAGAAAUGUCAAUUGAUACAAUGAAUAGAGCUAUGGAUAGAUCAAAUUUAUUGGAAAGUCAUUUUGAUAUUGUAACAUUAAAUGAUAAAACAAGGAGAUCAUCAUUGGAUGGUAAUUCAAUUAAAUCAUAUUUUCCUCAACCUAGAGAAGCACUUGGUAAAAAAAUUGAUUAUUCAAAUGUUUUAAAACAUUCUGAAAGUGUUGAAUUAAUUGAUAGAGAAUCUAAAAAGAAGAAAUUUCAAAAAUCAAAACCAUCAUUUGAUGAUUUUUUCCUAAUUUAUAAAACUCAAAAUCCAAUUGAAGAUUUAAAACAAGAACUAGCUAAAAGAGAUGAAUUUAUAAAAACUAGAUAUGAUACAGUUAUAAAGAAGAAAUUUCAUCCUAUUUUACAAUUACAUAAUGAUCCAAAUAUAGAACAAAGAGAAAAAGAAAAAGAAGAACAUUUACAAAAAGAAGCAGCCAUAUUAAAAAUGGCAAGAGAACCACCAACGGUACAAAAAUUAGCAGAAAAUAAGGCAUUUGAUAUUAUAACAAAAGAAAUUAAAGAUGAAAAUAGAACUCAAUAUCUUCAACAUAUACAUGAUGUACAAGUAGAAAGAAGACCAAUUGCUAAAGUGAAAUAUGAUUAUGAAAAGGAAUUAAAAGAUAGAGAUUUAUAUCAUGAUGAUUUAAAUGAAAAGAGAGCAUUAAAUACUAAAACAUCUAUAUAUGGUG